CGCCUCGCGAAGAUGGUGGCGCGCGCGGCGUGUGGCUCCCGUCGUCUGCCCGAGUCUCAACUCAGCGCAUUGGCCGGCGACUCGCUGGUCUGGAGCCCCCGCCCGCCGGGUCUCUGACCCCGCGCCCCGCCGCGCCCGAUUCCCGGCAUGCCCCGCGCCCGAAAAGGCAGCGCGCCCCGCAGAGGCGGCCAGCGCAGCGGAGGAGGUGCCCGGAGCAGUACGCAAGCUGACUCAGGUUCCAGUGAGGAUGAGGCAGCCAGCGAGGCCCGCAGCAGCACCAGUGAAUGUCCCAGCCUUCUUAGCACCGCAGCAGAGGAAAGCUUUGGGGGGGAUGCCGUGGAUGAGCAGGGCCAGCAGGAAGACCUUGAGGAGAAGUUGAAGGAAUAUGUGGACUGCCUCACAGACAAGAGUGCCAAGACCCGGCAGGGUGCUCUCGAGAGCCUGCGUCUGGCCCUAGCAGCGCACCUACUCUCCGACUUCUUGCUGGAGCGCCACCUCACAGUGGCUGAUGCCUUGGAAAAGUGCCUCAAGAAAGGGAAGGGCGAGGAACAGGCCCUUGCCGCUGCUGUGCUAGGCCUGCUGUGCGUUCAGCUGGGCCCUGGACCCAAGGGUGAGGAGUUAUUCCACAGCCUGCAGCCCCUGCUGGUCUCUGUGCUCAGUGACAGCACAGCUAGCCCUGCUGUCCGGCUCCACCAGUGCGCUUCUGCUCUUGGCCUGGGCUGCUACGUGGCUGCCACCGAUGUCCAGGACCUGGUCUCCUGCCUCACCUGCUUGGAAGGCGUUUUCAGCCGGUCCUGUGGUGUGGGUGGCUCCACAGCCCCUGUGGUCCCUGUCAGCCUGCAGGGCUUGCUCUGUGCUGCCCUGCAGGCCUGGGCCUUGCUACUCACCAUCUGCCCCAGCGCCCAUAUCAGCCGCAUCCUGGACAGGCAGCUGCCCCGGCUGCCCCAGCUCUUGUCCAGUGAAAGUGUGAACCUGCGGAUGGCUGCCGGCGAGACCAUCGCAUUGCUCUUUGAGCUCACCCGGGACCUUGAGCCAACAGAGCUCAGGCUUCUGCUCCCACGUCCUCCAUCGCUCCCACUGCAGGAGGACUUUGUUUACGAGGACAUGGAGGCCCUCUGCAGCACGCUGCGCACUCUGGCCACUGACAGCAACAAGUAUCGGGCCAAGGCUGAUCGCCGGCGCCAACGCUCUACCUUCCGGUCCGUGCUGCACUUUGUCGAGGGCGGCGAGUGUGAGGAGGAGACAGUCCGCUUCGGGCUCGAGGUGCUCUAUGUGGACAGCUGGGCUCGGCGCCGGGUCUACGCUGCCUUCAAGGACGCGCUGGGUUCCGGCAUGCACCACCACCUCCAGAACAACGAGCUACUCCGUGACAUCUUUGGUCUGGGCCCUGUGCUGGUGCUGGAUGCCACUGCCCUGAAGGCCUGCAAGAUCUCACGUUUUGAGAAGCACCUGUACAACGCUGCUGCCUUCAAAGCCAGGACCAAGGCGCGCAGCCGUGUGCGGGACAAGCGGGCAGACAUCCUGUGAGGCAGGAUCAGCCGAAGAGGAGACUGUCCACAUCCUUGCCCAUAUUUUUAACAGAGGACAGACAGUGCAACACCUGGUCCCUGCCAGGCAUUGUCGCUUUAUUUUUUUAAUGACAAAACCAAAAACAGACAUGGGGGUGGGUGGCUGGAGGCCAGGCCACUUGGGACCUUCGUGCUUUGCCCCUGCGCCAGCCCUGUGGCCACUUCCUGCCCUGUCUCAGGGCUGUGGGGCAGGCAGAAGAGGGCUGUCCCUUUCUCAGGCCUUGCUCCCCUGGGAUGACCCACUUUUGGGGCGGGGGUGGUGAUAGUAUCUGGACAACUGCCACUACAACAUGUGGGGAGGUGAGGCUACCUGGAGUGGAUUUAUAUGCUGAGUUUUAAAGAUUUUAGAGAUAAUUAAUUAAACAAUGUGCAGCCUUC